AUGCAUCUCCAACUUUUCUUCACUCAGACGGACACGGACACAUCGCUAUUCAAUAAGUCGAAGCCCAUUGUGAGCCCGAUUGGACUAGAAAAGAACGUCUCUCGAACUGGAAAUACCAGUGAAGACGACCGCCGUGGCAACAUGUAUUCAAUCCGUUCCAACGAAGAAGAGCGUGGCACAAUAGGGGUGAUUGUCGGAUCUCUCUUCGCCGCUUUAUUUUUCAUGAUGCUUCUUGCAUGUAUUCUUUGA